AAAGAGAAAAUGAGCAGACCUAAAAAAUUUACAUCCUCUCACCUACAAAAAAUACUGACAGCAUGGAGGGAGCUGAUUUUAUGGCCGAAGCUGCAUCUCUCAGAGACUGACAACAAGACAUAGUUACAGAAUGAAAAAAACAUCCUACAUGCACUUCAAUUAAUCAAAGUCUUCAUGCUCUGGAUUAAAAGAAACCAAAUAAUAAUUGUUUCUUCCACCAUUGGACAUCUCUGAUGUGGGUAUUACUUCUCUAUUCAUAAUACUUAUCCAUAUGUCUCUAUUGCCAUAUGGUGGCAUAUAUAGCCAUUAAAUAAGUAUACAGUGCCCUAUGAUGACAGGUUCAGAAAAACUAAUUCCUCUUGAGAGCUAAGCAAGACUGACUCUGUUAGUUUCAGCCUGGAUGUGAAGAAAUGAGAUUUUUACGUAGCUGAAGAAUAGUGGGAUAGCUGUUAACUCUGUUGAAGUUCCACAUGUUGUAAGGGUGUACUCUUAAAGUGUCAUGGAUAAGGACCUUAUUUCUUACCCUGAAGCCUUAGUCAUGAGUAUUCAGACUUGCCCAUAAUUUUGUUAAUAUUCCUUAUUAGUGAAAGUACCAAGUUCACAGGGUGAACAGUUCAAAAAAAUACUUCAUUCCUUCAGAAACUUGAGACAGGUUAUGAACUCUUUGCAGACAGUGGAACAGUCUUCAUCUCUGAUUUGCUUUGGCAUCCAUUCAUUAGGAUGUAAAUGUUUCCCUGAGCUGUCAGUGCCAAAGACUGAAGUUUCUGGCAGCCAUUCAUCUCUCUUGACUCCUGAUCUCAGCUCAGUAUCCCCAUUUCUUGAAACAUGUAUAUUUAGAAGUGAUAGUUUAGAAUCUCCUGCAUGCCAUGUUUUUCUUUGUUUGCUGUUGGGUGAACAUUACCAAGGACACUGGGAUCUCCUCCUUUUUGAAGGAAUAUCUAAAAAAGUCUGUACACAGUGUUUUUUUACUGUACAGGUACAUCCAGAAGGAUCAGAUACUGUAUUCCCUACAGAUCUGAGUUACAGUUCAUUGCCAUGAAAAGGAGGAUAUGAUAGCUUGCCCUAUGAAACAGGUUUAUAUGUGAAAUCUGGCAGGUAGCACAACGACCUGUGGAAUAUGAGUGAUGACAAACCCUUUUUAUGUACUGCCCCUGGAUGUGGCCAGCGUUUUACCAAUGAGGAUCAUUUGGCUGUCCAUAAACACAAACAUGAGAUGACACUGAAGUUUGGCCCGGCUCGUAAUGAUAGUGUCAUUGUGGCUGAUCAGACACCAACACCAACUCGAUUCUUGAAGAACUGUGAAGAAGUGGGCUUAUUCAAUGAAUUAGCAAGUCCUUUUGAAAAUGAGUUUAAAAAGGCUUCUGAAGAUGACAUUAAGAAAAUGCCUCUAGAUCUGUCCCCUCUUGCAACACCAAUUAUAAGAAAUAAAAUUGAAGAACCUUCAGUUGUAGAGACAACUCAUCAAGAUAGUCCUUUACCUCAUCCAGAGUCUACUACCAAUGAUGAAAAGGAAGUGUCACUGCAGCAGACUGCACAGCCUACAUCAACAAUAGUUCGUCCAGCAUCGCUCCAGGUUCCCAAUGUACUGCUUACGAGUUCUGACUCAAGUGUUAUUAUUCAGCAGGCAAUACCAUCACCAACUUCUAGUACUGUUAUCACCCAAGCUCCAUCAUCUAACAGACCAAUAGUUCCAGUUCCAGGUCCUUUUCCUCUGCUGUUACAUCUUCCUAAUGGACAAACCAUGCCUGUUGCUAUUCCUGCAUCUAUCACAAAUUCUAAUGUGCAUGUCCCUGCUGCAGUUCCACUUGUUAGACCUGUCACCAUGGUGCCUAGUAUCCCAGGAAUCCCAGGGCCUUCCUCCCCACAGCCAGUGCAGUCUGAGGCUAAAUUGAGAUUGAAAGCAGCCUUGACCCAGCAGCACCCUCAGGUAACAAAUGGAGAUACUGCCAAGGGACAUGCAAGUGGGUUGGUUAGGACUCAGUCAGAGGAACCACGACCACAGUCGCUCCAACAGCCUGCAACUUCAACAACUGAAACACCGGCAUCACCAGCUCAGCCUACGCCGCAAACACCAAAUACAGGCGGUCGGCGAAGAAGAGCUGCCAAUGAAGACCCUGAUGAGAAAAGGAGAAAAUUCUUGGAGAGGAACCGGGCUGCUGCUUCCAGGUGCCGGCAGAAACGGAAAGUCUGGGUGCAGUCAUUGGAGAAAAAAGCUGAGGACCUGAGCUCACUAAAUGGCCAGUUACAGAAUGAAGUCACCCUGCUGAGAAAUGAAGUGGCACAGCUGAAACAGCUUCUUCUGGCUCAUAAAGAUUGCCCUGUAACUGCCAUGCAGAAGAAAUCUGGCUAUCAUACUGCAGAUAAAGAUGACAGCUCGGAGGACAUCUCGGUGCCCAGCAGCCCUCACACGGAAGCGAUCCAGCACAGCUCCGUCAGCACUUCCAACGGCGUGAGCUCCACGUCCAAGGCGGAGGCGGUGGCCACCUCGGUGCUCACGCAGAUGGCGGACCAGAGCACGGAGCCCGUGCUGUCCCAGAUCGUCCUGGCGCCUCCCUCCCAGGCCCAGCCGUCGGGAAGUUGAUUAAAAACUUGCGUUGCAUCGGUUCCUUAGAUACGCAUCUGUGACUUUAAAGGGAAACCAACAACAGACCAGUCUCCAUCUAGGAGAAAUUGUAGCUUAAAAUUAUUCGUUUUUAAAAAUCCAACUUAAAUUUGGCUUUAACGAUUGGCAGGUGGAAAUAAGACAGAACACCAGUUCUAGUCUUUUUGCAAAAGACUUUUUUUUUUUUAAGUAUUAGUUUUACUAGUUAUUUUUUGUGCUUAAUGUGUAAAGUGUGUGUACAGUACAAUGUGGUUUAUUUCAUUUUUAAUUUGGUAUUAUUUUAACAAACAUUGGGGUGAAUUACUGAAGGUCAUCCCCAAGACUGUGAUAGGAAUAUUAUGUGACAUUUUUAUACCAAAGUUCUGCAUAGUCCCUAUUGACUUUGUAAAGUUAGCAAGGUCAUAAAGCACUAGGCAAGAGAAAGACAGUAACAGUAAAUUUGCUUUUAGUCUUUUUGCCUUUUUGUUGUUUUGCACAUUAUGAGAGGAAGAACAUUGGAAGAAAAACAUUUGGGUUUUUUAUGUAUAGCAUUUUGGUUGGCUUUUAACUGUUGGGGUCUUUAAUUUGUUUAAUAGGGCCAGUACAGUAUAUGAGAUACAGUACUUAUGCACAUACCAAUCCUAGAUGAGGAUCAUUACUAAAUAGAUUUGAUUUCUUUUUUUUAAUUGACAUCAGGUGGGUUUUUUUCCCACUCCAACACUUGAUUCUGGUGGGAGGAGAGCUUUAAUUCUCCAGUCAGAAUAGAUAUCUGUAACCACCCCUUGUUGCUAGGCUGAAACCAGUAAGCAUAUUGUAAAAUACAGGGUUAUCAUAUAUGGAAUACUUGUUAUUCCAAAGUAGGUUGAUAUUUUGUGGAUUUUUGAGUCGCAGACUAAGGAGUUUACUCAUGGUUUUGGAUGCCAGAAAAGCCUAAAAUCCUUCUUCAGACAACUCGACUUUUUUUUGUCAUUGUCUUGUAUUUGCAAGCUAACUUGUACCUAAUUCUUGUGUAAGCACUGUCAUCUUUUAGUAGCAAAAAUUUUGAUACCUUUCUUGUGGAAAAAAAAAAUCAGUAUCUACCGUAUCUUGGAAACAAUGUAAUUAUAAUGUGGUGUGUGUGGUGUGUGUGUGAGAAUGGUUCAGUAGUUAAUGCCAGCAGUCUUUUGCUUGAAUGUUUAAAGAUGCCUUCAAUGUGAUGCUGGCUGAUAGGUGAUUGCAGUUUUAAAAUGUUAUUUACUGUGCGAACUUGGAUAACUAACAUUCCAUGAUGUAGUUUGUUUCUGAUGAGAUGAUUGUAGGUACACUUUUUCUCAUUAUCCAAUCAUCUGUAGGAUACUGAGUUUUUUAAAUGUGCCAUUAUCUAUUUUGAUUCUGUACUCAUGUUCAAAAUACAGUACAAUAUUUUACAAUAGAUUAAGUUGUUUUAAAAAAAGUAGAUGUGUGCUUUCAGGUUGGAAAACCUUGUAUAAUAGCAAAAACAGAUGCAUAGUAGCAACUGGCAGUAAAGCAGGAUUCCAUUAUGUAUAUAACAAAGAUUUAAUGCAUUUAUAAUGGGUUGUGUAGUUCAUUUGCUCUUCCUUCUCCACACUAUACCAUGUGUUUCUUAAGUGUCGGUGCCAUCAGAUUUCUAUUUGGUUCAGUUUUAAAUCUAAAAAUGUAACUGAUUCACAGGAAAAUACAAUUUCUGCAAUAUAUAUACAACCAUACUGUAAUGAAAACUGGACAAAGAAGUAUCUAAGUCAUAUAUGUAUCAUUGCAGGGCUUUAAGCAUGAAAAUAUUAGGGAAUUUAAAUAUUUUGUAUUUUAAAACUAAGAAAGUUGUGUUGAUAACCUCAUGUGUUUAAAAGUCUUACUUUCCCAAUUUCAAGAUAAAAAGCUGUAACAGUUAUUGAACGUUUCCAGGAUGGUUAAAUACAAUGGACCUCUUGCGAGAAAGAAAUUAAUUGCAAAGGCACAAAAUGUGAAUUCUGCAAGAAAGCUCUACAGUCACUUUUCAUUGUAGUUUUGGUGGACUAGAUGCGGCCUCAUUGAUCAUAUUAUUAUUUGCCCUCCUAAACACAAAGGCUUUUUAAUCAUAUAAGUGGAGUUUUUUUAUAACAAAGCUGUUGCGCUUGUAAAAUAAGUCUACAUAAGUGUAUAGGAGAUGUGUAAACAGUUAAUGAAUUUAACAGUGGGGCUGGAAAAAGAACCAUUAAAAUCUGUGUUCAGCAAAUAGAGAAAAGGUAUUAGCCGUACUACCAUGGAUUCCGUUUUGAGACGUUGUCACACUACUUCUGUACUUAGCAUUUUGGGUCUUUACAUUUGACAUGUUUCACAAACUGUACUGUUUUCUUUUAUGUGCAGUUUGCAUGAGUAAAUCAUCAAAGAGAAUAAAAUCUAUCUUUAAGUUAUGUUCCUAUUUUAAUGAAAUUAUAAUUGUUCUAAAAGGCCGCACUGUCUUCAGACUUCUUUCUUCAUCUUGCAAUUAUCAGCGUUUUUCUGGAAGUCAUUACUGUAAUGCCAGAGUAAUGUUAUGUAAACGAGAACAUGUACGUUUCUUGAGAAAAUAAGGUAAAUACCAUUGCUCUGCAGCUGAGCUCCAGCAGCUGCUGAGGAACAAGCAUUGUAUCAUUAGUUCCAGGAGCCCAAGGUAAUCCACAGAUAAAUGAGUUCAUAAACAUAGCUUGGUGAUCCCAGAUGUUGCUCAGCCAUUCCUGGUUGCCCUGAGUUCCACAGCAAAAGCGCUGUGUAUAAUCGGAAUUUCCACCUAACUUCCAGUUAUUUUAAUCUUAUUUCAAUAUACAUGAAGCCAGAAAUAACAGCUGUAAUCAAAUAAAUGGCUCACAGUUGUGUUGUCAAGGGUUCAGAAAAAAUCAUGCCCUCACCCCUGAUGUUUAGAAUAGUAAAAAUGGUUUGGGCUUGUUUAUGGAUGUUGGAAACAUGCGUGGAAUGGCACAUUCUGUUAUCCUUUGAAAAGCUUGUGCCAGAGCCCCAAUACGGAGGCUUUGGAGGAAACUAAAGAGUAAAGUUGCUGCAUGUCUGCAUUUGUUCCGUGUAUGGACCAAAUGAAGUGAAGCUGCACACAACUUUUAACCCAAUAUGAGAAAAAUGUGUGAGGCCUCCCUUGCAUUGUUACAUUAUUUUUCUGACUAUGAGUUGCGCUGGUGACUCCAAGGGAGCAAAAGGCUGUGUAAUAGGGGUACUCGGGGCAAGAACUAGGAGGGGUGGAGAACCAGCCCACUUAAUGUCUGUGCUGUAAAAAGACAGGUUUAUAUCUUAAUUAUUCAAUCUAACUAAGAGAUUUUUUUCUGUUUGCAAUGGUAAAAGUGGCUGGGCCUCUAAAAGGAAGGUAUUGCACUGAGAGAAGGACAUGACAGAAGUGUGGGAUGAACAGUGAUUUCAGCUACCUGAAUUAAUGGAGUAAUUUGCUUAGAGACAGACACAAACAUUUUAAUUGGUCAUCAUAAAUGAUAAUGAGGAGAAAGCAUAGUGAAAUUAAGUGCAUCCUCAUAAAGUAAGGUAUGUUAAAUUGCACUGAAGGAAAUUUGAGCAAUGCUUCUUGACAUGAUUAAUAUACUCAUGACAAUGUGUCUAAUGAAGACUGUUUGCAUUUAUAUGCUGCCUGUUGCUUCCCUCAGUAGAGACAUAAUUGGAACCUUGCUCAUUUACACUGCAGAGCAGUCAGUGUAAGAUUGGUUUGCAGUAGUCUUUACAUCUGUUUUUAACCAUUGUAUCAAAAGUAACACAAGUAUGAUUUAUAUAGCUUGUGUAACGCUGUGUAGGGUUGGUUUGGACAAUUUUAUAAUGAAAUUUUCAUAUUCUUCAAUGGUAACUCCUUUUAAUUUUAGGGUUUAAUAUGACUUUUUUCCCCCCUUCUUUUAUUUUUUUUCCUUCCUUUAUGGAAUGUAGGAUCAUGACCUUUCUUUUUCUUUACUUUCUUCCUCUUCAGAAUAUUUUUCUUUGUGUGAUGAGCCCCAGAGAGUGCUUAUAAUAUUCAAUGUGGAAUUCUUUCUUUUUUCAUAUUGCUUCAUCCUUGGUUGUGUUAACCCUCUAUAGCAAACUUCCAUUUCUAGAAGUCAGAAAAGGAAUUGCUGCACAUUUUGUACCUUGUCUUCAGCUAAAAUAGAUAUGAGAAGCUUAUGUUCCCUUGAUAUUUACAUCUUCUUAGCUAGGAUACACUAUACAAUAUAUAUCUAGGUAUGGAAGGACUUUGGAGUGUUACAAAAGAUUUCAUUACAGAUGCUGUGCACAGCUAAUGAGUGCAGGUUGUGGGCUGAGGGCUUCAUACAACUCUGCUAAGUGCAACCCUCUCCAAAUAAGACUUUUUAACUUCCUAGGUGUGGGGUGAGUUACCAUCUAAUCACAUAGCUGUCAGUAGAGCAAGAAGAUGCAUAAUCUUGAUACAGUUUCUGUAACUAGUGUGUUUUAACCCUUGCUCAAAAUCUUUAUCCCUCUUCUAUUGCUGUUUUCUAUAAUCAUGUGUAUUGUUAUAAGCGCUUUAUCCUAUUCAUUUCUGGGGGGAAGAGGAGGCACAGGAGAGGAGGUUCUUUGAUAAACUACCUGUUUAAUUUAAUGGGGGAUUAAUCAUUAAUCAGAAAAGUAUUGUAAAAUCACUAUGCAAGGACAAUUAAAUUUUCAGUCCAUAGGUGAAGAGACAGUAGCUUAAGCUGCAUGGACUGAUUAGAAAUGAUAACAAGCAUAGAAGGUACAGAACAGUUUGAAGCAAAGAACAGGAGUCGUGCUUCUAGGAAGUCUUCUUUGGCUUUAAUACCAACAGCAGAAACAGAGCAGGGCAGAGACUGGGCAGUAUUUGUAGCCACCUUGGGCAGCAGGGCCUGGUGAUACUCAAUUUGCAAUUAAGGAGCUUCAAGGAGAGUACUCUGGCUUAGGGAGGACUGUCAGUGCCGGGCUGAGAUGAGCUUCAGGAAUGAGGCACCGCCAGGGAGAGCUUUCAGAGAAACAGGAUUGCAGGUAGCCAUGUUUUCCUCACCUCACUCUUGCCUGUGGCUGUCUCAGUACAUCCAAGUGCAAGCAUGAGCUAUUACGGCUCCAUUUCACACCAUCUGUGCCCAGGUGGAUGGAAUGUGCUGAGAUCUGGUCUGAUGGCUGUGUUUAGCUACCUGAAUGAUGAAAGUUAAGGUGUGGUUUUUUCCUACUGCCUAAAAUGUUCCUGCUCUUGUUUUGCUGCAAGCUAGUACUGGCAUGGUCUGUGAAUAGUAUUUCUCUCCCUUUAGCUGAAUCACUUGUUCUAGACCAUUACAGGAGGCGAGAAUACUGCCUUUGAGAAACAACUGGGCUGCCACAUUUUAUUAACUGAAUGAUUUGAAAAAGCCUACUAAUUUGCUUAUGUUUAAAAAGAAAAUGGAAAAAUAUAUCUGUCCUACAUCUGGGAUUCUAAUCAGGAGAAAAAGGAGAUGAGCAAGGAGAGAACGAACCCUCUGCCUUAGCAGCAAACAAAGUGCCCUGAAUAAACUGAGAAAAUGAAACUGAGGGAGGAAACGUCUGCACCAAGAAGGUGCUGCAUUUCACUGCUCAAUUAUAGCAGCCCUUUCCUCUGACACAAAGAUGUGUUCUGUGAAGAUCUGUUUCUUCCAAAUGUUUACAGUGAUGUUAGAAAUGUUUUGAUCUCACUUGAGGUAAGUAGUAUAAACAUCCUGUUAUUCAUGAUGCUGUGUUGAGAAGGAUACUCUUAAAGGUGAUAUAAUGUAUAGUACAGUCAUUCUGACUGUCUGUAAAAUGCCAAGAGACUUUAUAGUCAGCCUAGCUAUGAUUAGAAAACAAGGAAAAGGCUAAUAUUUCUUGCUUUCUAAGUUGUCUUGCUUUUUGUCCUUUCUUUCAGCAGAAUUGCUGUAGAGAGCUAAUGAUUUUUCCUGAAAAAUACAUAAUCCUUAUAAAUAACAAGGAGAUGCUGUCUGUUUCACUGGAUGACAUUUUGAGCACUUGCUCAUUUUGUUGACUAUUUAAUGACUCUUAAGCUAUUCAGUUUACAAUUUAUUACUUGAAUACAUGUAUGAAUAUGCAAAACAUUUCUUUAUCCUGUAUCUAUCUAUUUACCCAAACUUUAGAGUCCUGAUUCUAAUAGGAGCUUACUCUUUUCUAAAUUAUGCAGCGCUCACUUGAGUGCUGUGUAGGAAGGUUGCUGGCCCCAGAGCCUUGAGCUCUGUUCCCAGUCACCACACAACCAGAAUGCUGUUUCUAAGCAGGCUGCUGGCUUGUAUUUGUCAGGCAUGGCACAGCACUGGCUUCUUGGGAUGGAAACACAUUAUACUGACUGGAAUGCUUCCCUUAUAUUUUAAGUACCAGUUUGUUAUAUAAAUUCUGUAUGUUUCCUUGUUACAAAAGGUCUGGCACAGUUCUUUAGGUUCAAGAAAGAAAUUCACAAUCUUUACCUGCUCUUGUAAUUUCAUGUCUAGUUUAGGUUUUGUUGUUGUUUUCACAUAUUGGAUAAGGGCGCACACCCCUCCUUCAUGGAAAUGCAUUUUAUAAAGUGCUAGGCACUCAGACAUGUUCUGGAGGGUGCAUAAGUCCCACAGGUUUUGUCUAUUGAAGAAAAUGUCACCUCUUUGUCAGAGUUAGAUUGUUACAAACUUUCACAAAUUGAAAACUUUUGGUUUCACAUGUCUACUGAUUUAUUCUAGUCCAGUUUAUGUUGAUGGAGAAUAGUACUAAGCUAAAUUUAAACUAAAAACAAGUGCAGGUAUAUAAUCACUAAGGUUAUAUAAAGCUGUUUAAAGUGUUGCAACACACAAUUUCAUAAAAUAAUUGACUUAAAGCAGCUUUUCUACAUUACCAACUUCAAAGAAGCUUGUGCCUGUUUUAUGAAGAGGUGAGGAUUAAUUUUAUCUUAGUGAAGUAGGGUUCCUUCUAUAAUGAGUCUUUUCUAAGCAAAUAUGAGAGCAGGAUCUGAUUUAGCCACUGCUAAUGACCAUCAAUGCUUUUGUCAGUAAACAUAAUUUAGUCAAAGAAAAUUUGAGCAGUGCACCGGCUUGCUGUGCAUCAUCAUGUACAGUCUCCUUACUUCCUUACUCCUGCUGCAGAGUAAGGGAAAUACUCCUGCUUGGUUUAAUCUGACACAGAGAUUUGCAAAUGCCAAACAAUGUCGUAUUAAACAAUGCCACCUACAUGUCACCCCACGCUGUACCCAGCAGAGCUUCAUUGCACCUCUGGGUGUGAUACAUUGGACCCUGUGGAGAUUAGAAAUGUAAAUCAUCACAGCUUAUACAAGCUGAAACUAAAAUGAAACACAGAAAAAUAUAAUAUUAAUAAGUGAAUGUUAUUAAAUUAUUAUUUCAGCUCUCUUCCUGAAUGGAAACUCUCUUUUAUACUGCAAUCUGUUUUAAGGGUCUAUCCAAAAAUAACACAGGAAAUACUGUAUAUAGUUACUGGAGCAAGGAAUUUCUGGCAGAUUUCCAUGGCAUGCUCAAAGUCUGUGACUUGGGCUACAUUUGUCUUUCAUUUAAAGUGUGGAAGAGAUUUUUGGUAAGUGCUGACAACAGCUGAAACCCCUACCUACUGAGUGGAGGGUUGAAGAGUCACAAGCUAUAGUUAAAUGAACAGGAUUUAUCAAUCUGCAAAUGAAAUGCCUUCUGUUAGUAAUGUUUUGUUUAUACAAGACAAUGGAUAAUAGAUUAUUAACCGAAUGAAGUAAUUUCAUUUUGUACUGUUUCCUGCUGUGUGUAACAAUCCCAAAUCUGUGCGUUUCUGGUUUCUCAGGAACAAAAUGCCAUCUAGUGGUAACUACUGGAUAUUUUGAGCAAAUGCUUUUUUUAUAUUGUCACCAAGUUUUCAUAUUUUUUUCCUGGUAUUCUACACUUUACAGCACAUUAAGGCUUUGAGAGAAGAAGAUAAAGAGUUGGAGGGAAGGUGCAGUCCCCCAAGUUGGGCCAGCAGUGGCAGGGACACCACGCUGCCCAGCUGCUUGGGAGCUCUCUUUCUGCCUCUGCAGCUGGCCUCAGGUAGGUCAGGGAGGUUUCCCCUGCAAAGGGUUGGGUAAAAUAUCAUACCUAGUUGGGAGCCACACCUUACUGUUACUUGAUAGCAAAAUACAAUUUGGCCAUUGCUGUAUGAAAAGAACUGAGAGCCACCUCUGCUUCCCUGACUGCUCAUCUGUCUCUCCUGGUAGGAGGCUUUUCCCUCUGGCCUGUCAUUCUCCAAGGAGCUCAGGGGAAGCCAUCCCUUCUGCUCUUCUUAUGAACUACCAGGGAAUGGUAUAAGAUUCUCCAUUACAUAGUUUGCCUCCUUGACUCCUUAGAGUAGAAUAUAAACUCUAAAAUAUUAAGAAAACUAAAAUUUGGCCUCUAGAACAGACUCCUGAAAAAGUAACAGCCAUAAUCUGGCUUUUAGAGUUGAAUUACAGACUUUAUUUGUAAAGCAAGAAUACAUAAUAAAAAUAAAACCUUAUUGUUCUAUUUAAAUAUAUUUAUAAAUGUAAAUGGGGCAUAGGAGCCUGCAUGUGCUAUGAGCUCACUGAUGGAGAUAGUCUGGCUUUAUACCUGGAGCCAACUGAAGAGGCCUCUGCAGUGUUUCAUCUUUCUGUGGGUUUGCACUUCAUCGUGACAGGGGUUGUGUUGUUUAUGGAUCUGCUUUCCCCAUGCAUCGUUUGAAUUCCUGCAUCUGCUGAUCCAUGCUGCCCUAUUCCAUUGCACGAUGCUGGCAGCAGCAGCUGCCAGGCCUGUAGUCAGGCUGAGGCUCUCUGAAAUGUGUUCUGCAGGCUGGUGCAGAAAUCUAAUCUGUCCCACUGACGUCACUGUAGAAGUCUCUGAAGAUAGCAUGACAUCAGUUCGGUGGGCUGGGAAGGAGUUUGUGGAUGGGUAAAGAAAUCCUUAACCUUGACUCUUGUUUUGUAUAGUAUUUGAGUAAACUGCAGCAGACUAAAGCAUCUGGUUAACAAGGGCAUUCAGAGCACAGGUCGGUAAAAGGGUCAUCUGAGAGUUUGGGCUGCUCUGUGCUCACUGCUGUUGCUGUGAUGCAGCACUCGUGCACUCCUCUGUCCCUCUAGAGUGCUGCUGGUUAUUUUCCUAGACACUGGCAUUGGCCAGCAGCCAGUGCAGCUGCAAGAAACAGGAGGGAGUAGAAAUAGGACCAGAGCAGCCCUGGUUUAGUGGGAGUAAAUUGUCAUGGAAGCACAUUUAAGUAGACAGAACAAGAAGAGUUUGGGGAGAUUGGCAAAUGCAGUCUGAAAAGCACCAACAAAUGUCUUGUUUGUGCUUGCUAAAAAUAGAUGAGGAAAUCCCUAGAUCUAGGACAAUUUCUUAAAGCUAGAAUAGUGGCUUUCUCCGAGAAACAACUGCAGUCUUGCAGCUGUUGCAGCUGCAUCUGCCCUUCGCUCUCAAGUUUCCAGAGCAGCAGGAUGCUUCAAGGAGGUUAUGACUCUCCACAAUCAGAAGGAAGGCAUUCUGUUGUGCACACAGUAAAGAAAUCUUAAGAGCAAGUCGCUCUGUGAUCAAACCUUGAAACAAAGGAGAAAGAGUAGAGAAAACAACUGUUCAGAAAUGAUCCACCUGAACUUUGCGUCUGUUUUUGAAGCUGUUUAUCUCCAUACAAAAACAAGUGAAAUAGAAUGUAGUGCCUACACAAUGUUUUUCAUUCCUUCAAAGAACUGGGCAGAAUGCAGGCAAUGUUACUUCCAGUGUUUUAGUGAGGAUUUUUGUCUUUAUAUGGCUAAAGGUUAUGUGCUGUAAAGAGGAAAUUAUUUUAAUAUUGUAUAACAUUAUAAUCUGGAUUAUUGCUUUUGAUUUGAGCACUCAGACAAUAAACUAAUUGGAUUUUUUUG